AUGUAUCCAGCUAGUUUGAAGUUAGCAACGCUAUCAUUGAAUGAUUCAAAUGUGGAUGAGACCGCAAAUCACCAGGUCUUAACUCCCUCUGAUACUGAUAUAUGUGACAAUGUCGCCUUACUUUGGAGACAGGAACCUGAACCUGAAGAGCUACAGCUAGACAAAUUAUAUAUUAAGUUAAAGUCAAAAAAUCCGUUAUGGUCCAUUUCGAAGGACUAUUUAAAACAGGUUUUGAAAAAUCAUAACCUUUAUGUUAGUGAUAAGCCAACUCACUUCACAUAUCAUGAGAGAAUUAUAUCAAGUUAUACACCUGGGGCUUCUGAGAAGUUGCCCAGUAAAAUUCAGAUUACUCACAGUGAAAAGGGGAAAGCGUUGUGCACAAAAGUGAAAAUAGCGAAAGGAGAACUAAUCCUCCAUGAGGAAGAGCCAUUGACAUUUAUAGCACCCCUUGAGAAGUAUACCUUGAUGCAACUUUCAAAGGCAUGUGGCACUUGUGGGACUUCGCUCAACCAAAGCUGUCAUUAUUACAUUAUGCAUAAUUUAGAUUGUGAUAAUUGUACAAUAGUAUGGUGUUCGAAGAAAUGUAAGACAAUAGAUACUACCCAUUCCUAUUUGAAACACCCGAUGUCGAAGAACAAAAUCUGCAACUCUCAAAACUGGCUGAAAUUUGAACAAUUCUGUAAGGAAAACACUUGGUACAGUGCGUAUGCUGUUGGCAUGAUAUACGCAAGGCAGAAUUUAUCAGAUCAAGGGGCCAUAAUAGAUGAGCAAUUUAACUCACUUGCUAAGAUAAGUCAAAGGAUCAGGCUUGAAGCUGCUGAGUCAACUAACAUAGGGGGUACUCUUGAUUCAGGCGUCGAUAUCAUAACAACGAUUUCGUCCUCGGCAAUGUGGGAAGAAGGCUUCUACCUACUCUGUGAGGCAUUUCCACAUUUGCAAGAUGACAAUAACUUUGACCUGGAAGCUUUUUUAUGUGACAUUGGUAGGUUUAAUCUUAACCAAAUUAACGGUCAGAUCUACCCACUCUUCAGUCAUAUUAACCACAGCUGUGAACCAAAUACAUAUUUCGAAUUCGACAAACAUGGUAUCAAGGCUUUCGCUAGAAAGGACAUUGCCGCUGGAGAAGAACUUCUUACAACUUAUGUGAAUCCUUUACAUGAUGUUAACUCACGAAGACGUGAACUCUGUGUGAACUGGGGAUUUCUUUGUAACUGUCGCCGCUGUAAAAAAGAGCUUCUGAAGGUUAGCGGAAAACGUACUCAAGAGCAGGAGACAACAUCAGGAACACCAUCGUAUAUGAAACAUAGAAGGAAGUCAUCAAUGAAGGUUUCUAAACCUAGUGUACAGGAACUCUUAGAAAAUGGUAAAGAAUUUGAUCUUGAAGUGCCAUCCCAAACGGGUAUUCAUAGUAGGAGACCAUCUGUCAGGUUUGACAACAAAGUUAUUGCAGCUGUUGAAGAAUGA